AUGACGACGCCACCAACUGUUCAUGAGCCAGGUGAUAGCGACGGCCAUGAGAAGACGCUAGAAUCAGCCCAAGCAGAAGCGCUUGGAAAGCUUCAGCGUAUACCUGUAUCUCAGCUCAAAGGCAUCAUGUCUAGGCAACUUGAACUUGAAGUUCAAUUAAAACAUAAAGAAUUACAAAUGGCAGAGGAUGAAAUAGGCAAAUGUGAAGCUCAGAUGAUAGCUCUUCGCAACUUCCUCGAGGUCCGACCCGAUGUGAAUCUUGAAAAUGAGCCUUCAGGUUUCACCACCAAAUAUCAUGACUUGCUCAGUAAGUCCUUUGCGGUCAAGUAUUCCGACGUGGAGCGAGAAGAGGCAACAAAUAACCUGCGACUGCCCAGUUUGGUAGGAGCAACAGACCCAGUGACACCGGAACCAACAUAUAGAACCCGAUCCACAACGUCAUCCUUGCGGCCAUCUGCGGCUUACCGCUACCAUACUAUCGGCUGUCUAUAUCGCCGCACCGACGGAGUUAUCGUCAAGCUAACGUGCCCUGAUUGUCGCCGUAGCAACUUUUCAUCGGCUCAGGGGUUUCUCAAUCAUAGCCGCAUAGCCCAUAGCAAGGAAUACACCUCGCAGGAUGCCGCGUCACUCAAGUGCGGCGAGAUUCUCCCCGAUGGGGAACAGGACGAGGAAGGGCUCGCAAGCUUGCAAAGCUUGCGCAAUAAGGGACUCGACCCCAACGUUCACCUCAAUGUGAACGAGGUUUUUUUUAGUGAUGUUAGGGCUCAUCUCCCGGUAGAGAAGAGUAUUUCGCCAUUGGAGAAGACGGAAGCACCGCAGGCGGUACCGGCUCCAAGCCAGCUAAUGAAGAAGCUUAUUAGUAACGGCGUCACCAAAGAUAAGGCUGAGUUUGAUGCGUUAGUAGCGAAUGCUCGAGAAGAGGUCGGAAGCGCUCAUUUGUUUCAGGACGAAGAAGAGGGAGAGGAAUUGGUAACAGAAGAGAAUGAGUCUAAAAAACGGCGUAAGAGCCGCAGCAGUAGUGUGGCACCCCCACUAAAAAUUAAGCUCAGGAUGAAGGUUGAGGACAAGAAAUAA